AUGAUAGAUUCAAGGCCAGUGACCUUGGUGUCUGAUACCGAAAUGGAAAAGAGUACUGCUCCUUCAGUUGACGAUUCGAUAUUGAGAGAGAAGAAGAACAUGGUUGCAUUAUCACUUAGUAUCUUUCUUGUUGCUUUGGAUAUGACGAUUGUGGCUACAGCAAUUCCUAAGAUCACCGAUCAAUUUCACGGUCUAGAUCUCGUCGGUUGGUAUGGUUCCGCCUUCUUCCUAACCGUCGGCUCCUUCCAAUCGACAUGGGGAAAAGCCUACAAAUAUUUCCCCCUAAAGAUAACCUUUCUCUUGUCCAUCUUUGUCUUCGAACUUGGAAGUUUGAUCUGCGGUGUUGCACCAAAUAGUACCGCUCUAAUCGUAGGCCGAGCGAUUGCUGGACUUGGUGGUGCAGGAAUUGCGUCUGGAGCAUAUACAAUUAUAGCUUUCGCAGCACGCCCCCAACACCGCGCCGCAUACACAGGAAUCUUGGGUGCAGCAUAUGGAGUAGCAUCUGUGAUUGGACCGCUUCUUGGGGGUUUAUUUGUCGAUAAAUUAACAUGGCGUUGGUGUUUCUAUAUCAACUUACCUAUUGGUGGGGUUGCAGCCGCUAUUAUUUUGUUUCUGUUCACAACCCCUCCAAAUGCAGUACCAGAGCGUGCUACUCUUAAGGAAAAGAUCUUGCAAAUGGAUCUCCCUAGAACUUUUACAAUCAUGGCCAGUCUCGUCUGUUUUUUCCUAGCCCUCCAAUGGGGUGGCCAGACCAAAGGCUGGAAAUCAGCGGAUGUAAUUGGUACCCUCAUCGGCUUCGUCCUUCUCCUCAUCCUCUUCAUCGUAAUCCAAUAUUCUCAAGGCGAGCGCGGAAUUAUCGUCAGUCGUUUAUUAAAAGAACGCUCCAUCACUGUAGGAAUGACAUAUGUCUUUUUCCUCGGCGGUGGAUGGUUUCUCUUACUUUACUAUCUCCCCUAUUACUUCCAAGUCGUCUCUGGGGUUUCGGCUUCUCAAUCUGGUGUGCGCAAUCUGCCUAUGAUUAUUGGUAUCACGAUCGCUACCAUUAUUUCCGGAGGCUUGAUUUCUGCAUUUGGUCAUUUCGUUCCCCUCAUGCUCCUCGGCGCAGUCGGCACAACAAUCGGAUGCGGGCUCCUCUACACCUUAAGCACAACCUCCACAUCCGCCCAAUGGAUAGGCUACCAAGCCCUCGCCGGGCUCUCCACCGGCCUCGCCUUCCAAAUCCCCGUCAUCUCCUCGCAAGCCACCGUUUCCCCCGCCGACCUCUCAUCCGCCACCGCCAUGAUACUAUUCUUCCAAACCAUCGGCGGCGCCUUCUUCAUCUCGAUCGCCGAAGCAGCAUUCGCAAACCGCAUCCUGAAUGUUCUCCCUCAUUACGCACCUUCGGUAUCCCCAGCCCAAGUACUAUCAGUAGGCAUUAGCGAGCUGCGGAAUGUGUUUGGGAAAGAGGGAGAGAUGAUUGAGGGUAUUAUUGAGAGUUAUUUGCAGGGUUUAAAGGUCACGUAUGCGAUUGCGAUUACAUGUUCGGGUCUGGCAGUCUUUGUGGCGCUGGGGAGUAAAUGGCCUUGGAUUAAUUUGAAGGGGAAGACUUCGAUGGGUGGUGCUGUUUAA